GGUCAUUAGCAGUGGCUCAAGAUCUUACAGAAGAUGAAGAAACAGUGGAAGAUUCGAUAAUUGAAGAUGAAGAUGAUGAAGCUGAAGUAGAAGAAGAUGAACCCACAGAUUUGGCAGAAGAUAAAGAAGAAGAAGAUGUGUCUGGGGAACCGGAAGCCUCACCAAGUGCAGACACAACUAUCUUAUUUGUAAAAGGAGAAGAUUUUCCAGCAAACAACAUUGUGAAAUUCCUGGUAGGCUUUACAAACAAGGGAACAGAAGAUUUUAUUGUUGAAUCGCUGGACGCUUCAUUUCGUUAUCCUCAGGACUACCAGUUUUACAUCCAGAAUUUCACAGCUCUUCCUCUGAACACUAUAGUACCACCGCAGAGACAGGCAACUUUUGAGUAUUCCUUCAUUCCUGCAGAGCCAAUGGGGGGAAGGCCUUUUGGUCUGGUCAUCAAUCUGAACUACAAAGAUUUGAACGGCAAUGUUUUCCAAGAUGCUGUCUUCAAUCAGACAGUUACAGUUAUUGAAAGAGAGGACGGGUUAGAUGGAGAAACAAUUUUUAUGUAUAUGUUCCUUGCUGGUCUUGGGCUUCUAGUUGUUGUUGGCCUUCAUCAACUCCUAGAAUCUAGAAAGCGAAAGAGACCCAUACAGAAAGUAGAAAUGGGUACGUCAAGUCAAAAUGAUGUUGACAUGAGUUGGAUUCCUCAGGAAACUUUGAAUCAGAUCAAUAAAGCUUCUCCAAGAAGGCUGCCCAGGAAGCGGGCACAGAAGAGAUCGGUGGGAUCUGAUGAGUAAAUGUUCUGUGUGCAACAGUUCAGUCUGUGCUUCCCCUGCCCUAAUGUGUUUCGGCCUGAUGGGAAUUAGUGCAGAGAAGCCAUAUCACCACAGAAGGCAACUACUGCUUAGGUGUGGACUGAGCAAUCAGAGUCUGUGGCGAUACUAUUGCUGAAAAAGCACUGCAUUUGGUUUUCUAAAGUAACAAAUUUGGUUGUUUUGUUUUUUCUUUUUUUUUUUAAACCAUUAAACUGUGUGGGUGUGAAUGUCUGAGCAGUUGUCUUACCAGAAUCACUGUUAAACUACCUGAAACACGCCUUUAGAAUACUCAGCAAAACGCUGUUGCCGCUUCCCUUGUGAUAUUUUCUGAUUUUUGCCCCCAAGCUCAAUUAAUGCUUGUCCCCAGUGUGGUUUUAGAUGUUCUGCCAUGAAUUAUUUUGAGGAAACAAUUUGUUUAUUUCUUGGAAUCUAUCAAAUCCAAACGGAUGGCACAAACUGGCCUUUUGCUUGCUGUCUGCUGCAGCUUCUAUUCUAAAGGCAGGAGCAGGAGUGGCUGCUGUCUGAGCAGCAGAGGCAUGUUGGCUGCUUGCUGCUGUUUACUGUGUGCACACCUUCAAGAACUUACCAAUGGAGUCAAGGAACUUUGGAAUCUCUAGCAACAAAAUUGUAAAACCUGACAAUUCUACUGAUGCUGGUAUAUAAAUCCUAAUUCCACGCCUGUUUUUUGUUUUUGUUUUUGUUUUUUAACAAAAAAUAGUCUGUCUGUGCAAACUGGGCUGUUGUGUUGUCUAUCGUUGUGUGUGAUCUGGGAGAGCUCUGGACUGACCUCCUUUCUUUGCUUCUUUGCUUGUUUGUUGUUGGCUCUAACAGAGUGUUUGUUCUUAGGAAUCGGCCUAAGAGAAAUUAUCCUGGUCUACAGACCAAGGGGAUCCAAUUUUAGAGGCAGGGAUACAUUUUAGUUAAUCCUAGUCUACAAGACCAUUAAUUGGAAAGUUUCAAGGUUACGAGGUUUAUCUUUUAACCUGAUCUUUGGGGUUUUUUUAUUGUUGACCUACUUUUUGUCUUUGUUGGUGUGAAAAAUUCCAAAACUUUAAGCACUUAGGACUUCAGGACCAAAAUUAAGUUGGUUUUGCUAACAAUCCCUUUAGUCAUUCUUGCCUGAACUAGUGAAUUAAGUUUGGCAUUAUUGUCAGACUUACUAGAAAUUAAAGUAACAUUGAGUGUGAAUGGGCAAGAGGCUUCCCUCCUUUUUAAGCCAUAUUCUCCCUGUGUGUAUUACAAGAAAGUGCUAAUUUCAGUAGUGUUUUAUUCCUGACUUUUUCCAUUUUCAUCCAGUCCCUUCCCCACACACCUAAAGGAAAACAACAAAAUACAUAAACAACUUGUAAGCUGUUUAACAUGUGAGCCAAAGGCAAUAACCAUAGAAGGUUUUCUGUAAUUGUUAAUCACUUUGCAAAGGGGGCUGAAAUGUCAAAUUGCCUGUAUUUGCAUUGCUGGACUGUAAACUUUUUAUGCCUGUAAUAUAAUGUGUGUGGGUUUUUAAUUGAGGUGUAUAAUGAGUUUAUUUUGAAAAGGUUCUUUGAGGCCUGAGGAACUGUAUGGUUUUUGACUCGAUGUAAUAUAGGAGACCCUUCUCAUUCUCAAGAAACAUUUUCCAGAACCUUCUGUGAAUAUCAAAGUUUGUUAGCUACUGUAACAUGCUACAGUAAGGUAUAAGUAAUUAAAACCUUUAAAUGGCCCGUAGAGUUUGACUAAACACCUGGUAGAAACAUUGGCAGUUGCAGAAACCACACUUACAGCUGCCACGCUCUUAUCCCGGAGUAAAUUGCCUUAUACACCAGCUCUUUGUUUCUGAGGCCCAGAUUAGAGCCUCAGGAGUGUAGAAUGUAUUACUUUUUAGUGGAGACUAGGGACAGCUGAUAACUCGAGUCUUCAAGUGCCAGGCGUCUACUAUAGCAUCAGUAAGUAUUUAGCAGAAACUAACUCCAUAAUGAAUGGAAUUCAAUUCCACACAUGGUUUGUUCAAGCACACUUAAUAAGUAGUCUACUUUUAAAUGUCUUUUUAAAAUGUAAAUAUUUGGAUGAAGCGCUUUUUUUGUUUGUUUGUUUGUUUGUUUCAAUAUAGUCAUUUGCAUCAUCAACCUUGGUUUCAGAAUUUAUCUUUUGAGCAAGUGGGUUUCAGAAAUCUGUUAAAUGAAUUUAUGGAUCAUGUUUAUCAAACCUGUGACCCAGACCUUUGAGAAUAAUUUGUCAUAAAGCAUGAUCCCACUCUGGAUGUAUAGCUUCAUCAUUUGAAUCAUGUUUUGUAGUAAGGGACUUUGGGACUGAUAAAGUGUCCACUGAAAUGUUGCCUGAGGAGUUUGGCAAGGAGAAAUGAGACUUUGUAAAAAGCCUAAGGGGAAAGAGCCAAGUAGAAAUGAGAAGUAGCAGGGACAACAGAAAAUAGAGCUUUGAUAGGUGGUAUGGCCAGUUCCAUCAGCCUAGAAUUGUUAGGGAGAGAGGCGGGUGAAACAACAUUGGAAAGUCAUGCUAAGAUUUUGGAGGUAUAGUAGAUGACAUUGCAUUCAUCUUUUGUAGUACACAGGUGUUCAUACUCUUGGUAUAAAGGGAAUGUGCUUGGUAGUGCAUUUGAGUCAUGAAUUUUGUUUUUAGAUGGGGUCUUACAGCCUUGCUCAGGAUGGUCUUGAAAUCCUACAGUAUGGUAUGAAAUAAUUUUAAUUUAGCUCAGAGCAAUAUAUAUAUAUAUAUAUGCUCUCAUCAAGAUGUUGAUAGGCUAGACCUUUGGUUUUUCUUUGAUUUCCAAAAUUCUAAGUUAGCUUAAAUUAAGACUAUUUCUAGAUACAGUUGAAAUACUUACACAGUGUUGGGUGGCAUUUAUAGCCAUAGAACUAGUCCUUCCUUACUCAGCUUAUCGAAUAGCAAUCUAAAGGUCACAUUUCUUGAUAGCAGUGUGUGUGUAUGUGUGAUGUUGGGUUUCGUGGUUACGCUAGUCUGUUCCAGAGAAAAUUUUCUGUGCAGAGUACUACCUAAGAAGGGAGAACAGGGCUUAGCAAUUAUUGCAGAUAGCUAAGCAAUAGUUGCUUCAGGGCAUUAAAUUAGUUGAUAUUUGCAUGUUUUUUUUUUUCCUUUUUCAUUUACACGAAACCUAGGCUUACCAUUCUAUCUCAAGUUCUCGGGGUCUUUUCUAGAUGUCAAAAUGUGUACAAUUCUGUAUAAGCUGGUACCCUGUAGUUGCCUUUGUAAGGGAGUGGGAAGGGAAGCUUAUUUGUUGAGCAUGAGUCAUGAGGAUGUAUUCUGUGUGCCCUCUUGUUCGUGAACCUUCACAACAGCUCACUGGGGAAGCUGCAUUGCUCUCACUUAGUACAUGGAAAAAGUCGUUGAAUUUAAGUGACUCGGAGGCUGUAUAUUAAGUACGACUUCAGAGAUGUCAUCUUUAAAAACCUCAGUGUUCUUUCCCUAUACUCCAGACAACAUGGAAAUUUUAUAGAAACCAAGCAUUUGGGCAGCUUACAAAUACUCAUUUUCCAGAAUCCAGCAGCUAGAAAGUUGAGAUAGUCUUUGUACUGAAUAUCCAGCGUGAGCUUGUACCAUGUACACAUUGAACACUCUUGCCACUUUCAUAGGCACUGCAAGAAUGCAUCUUUGCUUGUGUCUCCUUAGUAAAGAAUUUCUUUGGUUCUUUAAAAGCAUCUUCUGGCACUGUGUGGUGGUGCACACCUGAAAUCCCAGCACUGGGGAGACAGAAAUAGAAGAAUCAUAAAGUUCAGCCUGGCCACAUAGCAAAUGCCUGUUUCAAAAAACAAUUUGUUUGGAUUGUUUGAAUUUUUUUAGCUGACAUAACCAUAUUCGUGUUAGAGAUGUAAUAGCUGCUUGUAUUAUACAGGCAGGUGGGGACAGGGCUAGGGUUUCAAGACUUCUGAUCUAGUUUCUAUUUACUUUGGGUUUUCUUUAGGCACAAUAAGACAUUGCAAAGAAAAUCUGGUGUUCCUGGAAAACCCAAAGGAUAGGUCUUUAGUCUUCAAGGCACAGAGGUAAUUUAUGCCUAUUUUGUUCUUUGCUUUCCCUUAUACAGACUUCUGUAGGAGCCUGUGACAGUUAUUCCUCCUAUUGUCACAUCUCCCUCUGCUAGAUUGUGAGCCCCAAGAUUUGUGCAUUGACAGCCCCUAGUUCAGUUGGGUAGAAACCUGUUAGUGCCUAAAGAAGCAACAAGGGUGAAGGCUGGUGGAUCUCUGAGUUUGAGGUUAGCCUAAUCUACUUAGUGAAUUCUAGGCUAGCCAGAACUACAUAGUGAGACCCUGUCUCAAGAAAAAAAGGCAACACGGACUGGGAACAUAGCUCAGUUGACAAGGGCCUUGCAGGUAUGAGGACUUGGGUAAGGAUAACACCCAAGGUUGUCCUCUGGUCUCCAUACACCUGCAGUCUGAAGCAUUUAGACAAGAGGAUGAGAAAUACUGAAGAUUGGUGUACAUAGAGUGUAGCGCUUACUUCGUGUGCACAUGACCCUGAGUGACCCUGAGUUCUGUUCUUAGCACUAAUAAAUAAAAGUGUUCAAGUCAGAUUUAUCAAGCACUUGCUCCGAGUUCAUUUGAAGAUGGUCAUCAGCCAUGCGACAUAGCCUAUGGGAGUCUGGGACACCCUCUUCUGUGUUCAGUUGCUGCCUAGAACUUGAUGGAGGUAUAAGGAAGGUGUAAGGUGUACCAGAUGAAUGUGUGCCCAUCAUGCACACAGUAGGCUCUUCUGUGUUCUAGUGGCAAUAAGUCCUGCAGAUACUCCGGCUUCCACUGUCUAUCUGCUUUUUCUCCUUUGUCAGAAUGUCCCCUGUGCUGCUGGCCUUUCAAUACUUCAAUUUUCUCCUGACUUAGCUCUGCCUGGGCAAAGCCUGCUCUUCUAGGAUCCUGUGGCACAUCACGUGGCCAGAGCCACCUUCAUUCGGUUCCCUGGUCUCCACCAAUCCCAAGUCCACUUUUCCGUCUGGGGCCAUGCUGUUAGACGAUGGCUAGCUUCAGCACUUGAGCAUCUCUCACCACCAUUUCAUGUUUUGUGUUGUUGAGGUUGCUUAUUUCAGUCCUUCAGGGCUUUUCUAACUGCCUGUGGCCCAUUAGUCUCUUUCUGGGCCAGUGACAUGUUUACUCUCCUCCAUGGACCUCUCUCCAGCUCUGUGUCACUUUUUAGCAUCACGACUCCCCUCUUAUCUAGCCUUAAUGAGUGAUUGACAGCUAACCCUAGCUCUGCUGUGAAUUAACUUUAGGUUUCAGUUCUUUCUGAGAUAACCUCUGAUUCAAAACAACACUUUUUCUGUUUCCCGGUCCCCUUCGGGGGAUGGAGCUGCUAUUUUAACUUAGUGCUUACCCCCUUGUGGUUUCCCACCAAGUGCUUCAGGCAAGCUCAUGAUUGGGAAACUUUAAGUGUUCUUUGAUCAGUGAAAGCGGGGGUAAUGAACCAGUAAUUCCCAUGCAGCUUCCAUGUACAUUCCUCUUGAGUGUUGAGAUGACUGCUAAGUCUGGUGAGCCUAAGACGUAAAGGUGCCUGUCUAGCUCUGGAACUGCUUUGCCUCUGUCUCCAAGGUACACCCAUGAUUACAGCUGAUCAGGAAAGUAUUGCUGCCAUAUAAAAACUUUCUCAAGCACUAGCCCAUGUCACUGGUUGAUCUUGAGAGAUGAGGUACGCAAAGAUAUCUAAAAUACUAAACAGAAGAAAAAGGAAAAGCAAUGGUCUGAGCAUGGUGGCACAUGCCUUUUAUCUCAGUACGUGGGAGGUAGAAAGAGGUAGGUGGAUCCCUUGAGAGUUCAGGCCAGCCUGCUCUAUGUACUGAGAUUCUGUCUAAAAGCAAAUUUGAUCGUGAUUUUGUUUGCCCAGAAUUGUUUUUUAAAAGUUAAUAUAUUCUCUACAUACAAAAAUGUUGCCAUUCCAGGUAACAAAGUAGUAUUGUAGAAUUAAGAGGACUACCAAUGAAUUUCAUACCAAGCUUGAUGAUACAGGUCUUUAGUCCCAGCUGAGGCGGAGGACCAUGACCUCUAGGCCUGCUUGGGCUGUGGGGUGAUUUCAAGGCCAGCCUGGGCAACUUAAUGAGACCCUGUGUGAAUAGAGCUGAGGGUGAUGCUCAGCAGUAGAGAGGUGUUUAGGGUGUAUGAUUUGGGGUGAUGCUCAGCAGUAGAGAGGUGUUUAGGGUGUAUGAGGCCCUGGGUUCCAGCCACAGCCCUACACAUGCUCCUGUGUACGCAUGUGCAUUCACACACGCGUGCAUAUGUGUGCACACACUUCGUGCAUGCUGCCAGGCUGUUGACUUUGCCUAUCAUGGUCGUAAAAGAUACAUGAGGGUUCAAAGACACAGUAGCCCCCAGAUGUCCCUCCAAGCUCUGCUUGGCACAGUCACGCUGUAUGUUCCUCACAGGAAGGUCACUUGACUACAGGCUGCCAACUUGGAGAAUCUGACUUUAUAACUCAUGUUUUCAGUCUCCUGAGAAAGAAAAACUUGCUCUGAAGAUCAGAAAAAGCAAGGACUGCACGAACCAGUAUUUUAAUGUUUUCCUCUAAAUGCUUGGAACAGUAUUAAAGUUCAGAUUAACCUUUAAAUGCUAAACCUAGGGAGAGACAUACCAAAAUGCUGAUGCAGUCUUUGUGCUAGGGUGGGGAAUUCUUUUCCUUUUCAAAAUGUUUGUAAAGUGCUUAUAUUUUAUAAUGAAAGCAAUAAAUAUGAAUGUUGACUUUA